AUGGCAUCGGAAAUUCACUCCAGCCAUGCCACAACUUCGAACCCGCUUGAUCGCGAAGGUCUACGUCUCCUAUCCUUUGACGGCGGAGGAGUUCGUGGAUUAUCGUCGCUUUAUAUCCUAAAGGCAAUCAUGGAUCGCUUGAAUGCUGAAAGGGGUGAUUCACACAAACUGAAACCGUGUGAAGUGUUUGAUAUGAUUGGUGGAACGAGUACUGGCGGGAUUAUUGCAAUUAUGCUUGGGCGGCUCGAAAUGGAUGUGGAUGAAUGUAUCGAUGUAUAUGGUACACUUUCCCGCGAAGUAUUUGGUCAAAAGAAACAUUUAAUUCCUAUGAAAAUCAAUAGCAAGAUUCGGCCGCGAUUUGACUCAGAUAAGUUGGAGAAGAUAAUCAAGAAGGUAAUGUCCAGCAAAGGGAUUUCUGAGGAUGAGUUACUUAACAAUGGUGAGAAGCGAGGAUGCCAUGUUUUCGUAUGCGCCACUGAUUGCAACUCGAAGACAGUCACUCGACUUCGGAGUUAUAAGCUCCUUGAUCAAUCAAAUGUCCCCGCAACGAUAUGCCAGGCGGCUCUCGCAACUUCUGCCGCAACAACAUUCUUCAAACCAGUCACCAUUGGCGGCAGAACCUUUGCCGAUGGAGCCUUCGGAGCAAAUAACCCGGCAAGCGAAGUAGAAGCUGAAGCAUCUAAUAUCUGGUGCAAUGAUACCGCCGAUUUGUCACCACUAGUGAAGUGUUUCAUCUCAAUAGGCACUGGAAAUCCUGGAAUGAGACCUUUUGAGAAGAAUUUUCUAAAGACUAUAGGGAAGUCUCUUGCACAGCUUGUUACUGACACAGAGAACAAAGAAGCAAAAUUCAUUGAUCGCUGGAGGGGACAUUACGAUACCAAACGCUAUUUCCGCUUUAACGUGGAGCAGGGGCUGCAGAAUGUUCGUCUGCAUGAAUAUGCCAAGAUAGGCAUGAUUCUAUCGGCUACAGACAAUUAUCUUAAUCAUAGGGCUCGCAUAUCCCAAGUUCGGGACUGUGUUCUGAGUAUGCAGCUGAAAGAGAGUGCUGGAACAAAUGGAGUAUACAGUGGCUGUAAGCAGAACUCAAUUCCCCUUUUUUCAAAUGCUAUACUAACCGAAAAUACAAGUACAAUGCAUACUAGGAAUGAACAUUGGUGUGUAGAGCGUUCCAGUAAUACGCUCUUCACCGGCCGCCGUGAGAUUAUAAACCAAAUAAAAAGGGCUAUAACCUUAGGGGAAAUCAACCAAACCCAGAGACGGUUCGUUAUCACCGGCAUGGGUGGGGUUGGAAAAAGCGAAAUCUGCCUGAAGGUUGCCCAAGAGAUGAGAGAAAAGUUCUGGGGCGUCUUCUGGGUUGACGUAUGCAACAAUGAAACUGCAGAAGCCGGGUUCAAUACCAUUGCGGAGACACUCGGGUCCUCUACCAAAACCAUUGACGGUACUAGACGGUUGCUCGCCAAUGCAAAGGAUGACUGGUUGCUGAUAUUGGAUAAUGCCGACGAUGUUACCAUGGAUUACGGCCGUUACAUCCCAUCUGGAUUGCGAGGUGCCCUUCUUCUUACAUCUCGUAAUGAUGAUUGUGGUCAAUUGAAUACUGUGGGAUCUCUAACACUGGGGAGUCUAGGGAGCAGUGACUGCGUAGAGCUUUUGCUGAGAGCAGCCGGAUUAGAGCUGUCAGCUGGAUACGAAGAACCUGCCAUGCGCAUAGUAUCCACCCUUGGCUCCCAUACUCUGGCGCUCUUACAGGCAGGUGGAUAUAUCAAAAAAUUUUGCUCCAUUGAAGAAUACCCUGCGAUGUAUGAGAAAGAGCCAAAGCAAGUACUGAAUUUUGCUCUAACUCAAGCACAAUCUCGGUACUGCAAUAUUUUUGCUACCUUUGAAACCUCUAUUCAGGACUUAGUAUCCUCGGGGAAGGAGGAAAGCCUAGAUGCCCUGAACAUGCUACAUAUUCUUGCAAUGCUACAUCAUGGUAGUGUGCCUCUAGAGCUAUUCAGAGACGCUUGGAGGGGCGCUCAGCGUGCUCAAAAGCCACUCAGCGAUCCCGCCAACAUUGCUCAACUUACAUCAUGGCAUGCUUUGCGGCUUCCGUCCUUUAUCCAGUGGCAGGAAAGUACGUGGGAGCCAUCCUGGUGGCGCCUACGAAAUGCCUUGAACCUGCUUAAAAGCUUAGCUUUGAUUCAAGAGGGAGAAGAGCUCGGCCACCCAGAUAUUUCGUUACACCCUAUUGUACACAAAUGGGCCUAUCUCCGUCAGACCGACAAACAGCGCAACGAGUCAUGGAUAUCUGCUGGAUGUACAGUGGCACUGUCAUGCUAUCCAGACCCAGAAUGGCGGCCAUACUAUCCCCUCUUAUCGCUCCACCUGCAGUCAUUCCUUGACAACGAGGAGGAAGUAUAUUUCCCUCAGCACGAGUUAUCUUUGUCCAACCUCUUUGAUUUUCCACCUAACUUGACGGAAACUUGGAAGAUGUGCCAAUUUCUUUUUAGGUGUUGUUGGCUAAUGCAGGAGCAAGACAUGCACACUGCAGCCAAUCAAUUGGUAACCACGUUAUUUAAGCGGCUGAAACUUCAGCCUAAGAGUACUUGGAGGAUCCCAAUACCUCUCGACACCCUUGCUACAGAAAUCCAGCAGAGUUUGGGGAAAUAUAACGAGUCGGUAGAGCAUUGCAAAGGGGUACUCGAUUUUAGGACUAUUGGCCACCCCAAGCGACAUACCUCUCGGUUCAACCUUACCACAGCCUACCGAAAAAGCGGCCAGGCGAGAAAAACAAAGCAGAUAAUGGAGGGCCUGGUAGAAACAGAGAAAGGACUUGGUGGAACUAGCUGGAACUCCCUCUCAUCGCUACACGAACUUGCCGCAUCUUAUUUGACUGAUGGGCAAGCCGACAGAGCAAUUUCAUUUUAUAAGCAAGGAUCCGAGGUGCGAGGGAGAACAUCAGCCAAAGGAUGCCCAGACCUACUGGUACUACAAGCCAGCCUUUCUUGCGCUUAUAUCAUCAACAACCAACUAAAGGAGGCUAUCCCCCUCCUUGAGGAUGUUGUGCGGCUCUUGGAAACUUGGCCAAAAGACAGUCUCGAUCGGUUAUAUUUCCAAUAUCUUCUUGCCAGAGCCUACCUAGAAAAUAGUCAAACGCAGGAGGGUGCAGAACUCCUCAAAAAUACUGCGAGAGAGCUGAGGAAAACAAAUCUAUCGGAUAAAAUGGUGCUAGAUUUUAGGCUGCCCAAGACCUACCGUCGCAGCGGCCAAAUAAGGAAGAAAUACAACGCCUCAGGGAAUUCGCACAGCAGGCGCUUGCCGACCCCGAAAAUUGGUCGUGCUAUGAGCACAACAGCCGUGGCUAGCGAAUAG